CCGAGACGGAGUUUAAGUAGGUAUGGGUAACCUCCAUAUCGCUAUAUGCCAUGUGAAACCCACCCCAUACUCCCAAAUAAAGUCAUUUUCCAGUCGACAUUUUGAUACACCAGGUUCUAUCCAUCGUAAACUUCCAACAUGAGUACCAGGCUCAGGAAUAAAAAACAGCCAGACGAGCCGCCCCGGCCACUCCCGCUGCCGGAAGGCAUCACAUCGGACUACGUCGACUGCACCCCGUCAUGCGGCCUCAAGUUCCACGUCCUCAAAGCCGGCGAGCCCGGAAAACCGCUCGUGCUCUUCUGCCACGGGUUCCCGGAGCUCGCGUUCUCGUGGCGCAAGAUCCUGCCCAAGGUCGCGGAAGCCGGGUACUACUGCGUGGCGCCGGACCAGCGCGGGUACGGCCGCACCCUGGGCUGGGAGCGGCACCAGUAUUUCCCCAACGUCGAGCUCGGCGACUACACGAUGACUAACCUGGUCCGCGACCUCGUGUGCCUGGUAUACGGGCUGGGCUACACGAGCGUGCACAGCAUCAUCGGCCACGACUUCGGCGCCGUGGGCUCGGCCAUGGCGGCGCUGAUGCGCCCCGACAUGUUCCGCUCUACCAUCCAGAUGAGCCACCCGCACCACCCACCCCCUCUACCCCCGGACCCCGCGGCGCCGAAGAAAAUUAAUAUCCAGCACGAGCUCUCGUACCUGCAACCGCCACGGAGUCACUAUAAGUGGCACAACGCCGGCGGCAGCGCCGCAUCCGACUGGGAAAACCCGCCUCAGGGCAUAGAGAAGUUUCUUCGCGGGUAUUUCCAUGUUAAGUCCGCGGACUGGGACAGGAAUGACCCGCGGCCGUUGAAGAGUUGGAGCGCGAAGGAACUGGCGGUUAUGCCGGAGUACUACAUCAUGCGGGACUUGAAAUCGAUGGCCGAGACUGUGAUGUCGCUCAUGAACGGCGAGGACUUUUCCAAGACGGAGCGGUGGCUCUCAAAGCAGGACCUUCAGGUAUAUUGCGAUGACUGGACGCGCAACGGGUAUCAGGGCGCGUUGAACUGGUACCGGGCGCAGACGGAGACUACGCCGCAGUCGGCGAGGGAUAUGUACCUGUGUGCGGGCAGGAAGAUCGAGGUGCCGUGCGUGUUUAUUAGCGGGAAAAAGGACUGGGGUACUUACCAGCAACCGGGUGCUUUAGAGUCAUAUACAGACCCGAAUUGUGUCAAGGAGUCCUGCUUCAGGGGCGUGAAGCUGUUGGAGGGGGCGGGACAUUGGGUACAGCAAGAACAGCCGGAGGUUGUGAUUAGGGAGAUCCUGGCAUUUUUUGAUACUCUAUGAUGUUAGGCAAGUGAACCUUACUAGAAUAGAGAACAGGAUAGAAUAAACCUCAAGGCAGAAAAGGAAAUAAAAAGAAUUAAAAAAAUAUCACCGCACCCCGGACUCGAACCGGGAAUCUUCGGCUGUAAUUGAUGAUACAACUAGGAGGCCGACGAGUUAACCAUUUCUCUAGUACGGCUUGG